AUGGUCUCGUCAACUCCGACAUCAGAGGAUAGCGAAAGCCAACUCAUGUCAGAUGUGGGGUGCCCUAACUGGCAUACUGAGGAUUGCUCUACUCCGGGCAGCCCCGAUUCAGAUUUCGACGAGUUAUUUUCGCAAUUCACGCGCAUAGAUCAAGAUGGGGCCGCAUCAUGGGGCAGUUACUGGCAUGCAGUGGGCUGGCUCGGUUUGGACGAUCUCUCAAAACCUGCACCUAGUGAAGUGGAGAUGAAAGAUGUUCCGCCGGCUGUCAUCGAGCCACGUCAAGAACCAGCUGAAGCGAUUCCUCCAGAUCUCGACCCUGAGGCAGAUCCCCAAGAACCAGCGGAAGCGACCUCUCAAGGCAGCACCAAUUCCGACUUUGAAUCACGUCAACGAUCAGCUAAAGCGAUUGCUCCAGACCUUGUCACUGAGGCACACCCCCAAGAGCCGGCUGACGCGACAACUGCAGAGCUCACCCCUGAGUCAGCUCCCAAAGAACUAGCUGAAGCGACUUCUCCAGAGCUCGUACAUGGGGCAGAUCCCAUUGUCGGUGAGAAACUGCAUAACAAAGAGGAACUACAAUCCCUCAACUCCACAAAAGCCGAGACCCACGUCCAGCGCGUCCAAGCCGCACAGAACCAAGACCCAACAGCCGUCCAAUUCACCAACGCCGAGCUCGACAUCGAAGUGCAAGAGCGUGGGAAACUAGGGGAAUUCAUGCAUGAUACUUUUAGGCGGAGGAAGGGAAAAGACAACCUGGUUGUCAUCAUGGGUCUAGCUCCGUGGACUAAUUUUGCAGCAGCGGACCAGGCGGGGUGGACUGAGGGCACGCUUAGUGCAGCGCAGAGGAGGAGGUUGUGGAAGGAGCAUGAGACGCCUGGUCAUAUCAUUGUAGUUAAGUGGGAGAAUAACGUCAUGACUGUAUACGACCCCUCCUGGUCAGUUAACAGCCGGACGUAUUACAGAGGUGGAAAGGUCCUGCGCCUUCAUGAGAUCAGUGGAUGGUCUCUUGUAGUUGCACUGCCGAGGGCAAUUAACAAGGAGGGGACGAAUGUGCGCCUUAUCCAGGGAGGGGGUGAUGGCAAUCAGUAUGGGCAGUGCUGA